GCAUGGCCUAGGGCUGGGACCCAGCCUCAAUUUACAGUCUGACUAUCCUGAACCCCCAGUUAGUCCAGGCGCCAGCCCUGGGCUACCGCCCUUGUAUGGGGCCUCGAGACAACUCUCAGCUGAGGCCCCCAGAGGCAGAAUCUCUUUCGAAGACCCCCAAGAGGAGGAAGAAGACAUACCUACGGCAUGACAAGCCCCCCUACACCUACUUGGCCAUGAUCGCCUUGGUAAUUCAGGCCGCACCCUUCCGCAGGCUGAAACUGGCUCAGAUUAUCCGUCAGGUCCAGGCAGUGUUCCCCUUCUUCAGGGACGACUAUGAGGGCUGGAAGGACUCCAUCCGCCACAACCUUUCCUCUAACCGGUGCUUCCGUAAGGUGCCCAAGGACCCUGCAAAGCCCCAGGCCAAGGGCAACUUCUGGACGGUGGACGUGAGCCUGAUUCCUGCAGAGGCACUGCGCCUUCAGAACACUGCCUUGUGCCGUCGAUGGCAGAACCAGGGCACAAACAGAGCUUUCGCCAAGGACCUGAGCCCCUACGUGCUCCACGGCCAGCCUUAUCAGCCACCCAGCCACCCACCACCAUCUAGGGAGGAUUUCAGCAUCAAGUCCCUUCUAGGGAACCCUGGGAAAGAAUCCACAUGGCCCCAGAAUCCUGGGCUAGCUGGACAGAGUACCCCAGCUCAGGCAGGCACCUUGUCAAAGGGGGAAGAAGGGGUGGGCACUGGACCCUCUAGCUCCUCUGAUAAGCCUCCAUGGCCCCUCUGUUCCCUUCCUGGGCCCACAAGAAUAGAGGGGGAGAGUUCCCAAGGGGAAGUCAUGAGGCCUUCUCCUGUUUCCCCAGAUCAAGGCUCCUGGCCCCUUCACUUACUUCAGGAUUCCGCAGAUUCCAUAGGAAUGUCCAGGAAGGGGAGCAGAGCUUCAUUAUGGGGACAGCUACCCACUUCUUAUUUGCCCAUCUACACGCCCAAUGUAGUAAUGCCUUUGGCCACACUCCCUCCUACCUCUUGUCCCCGGUGCCCAUCUUCAGCCAGUCCAGCCUACUGGAGCGUGAGUACUGAAUCCCAAGGAUCCCAGGACCUACUCUGUGAUCUAGACUCCCUCUUUCAGGGGGUACCACCCAACAAGAGCAUCUAUGAUGUGUGGGUCAGCCACCCUAGGGACUUGGCAGCUCCUGCCCCAGGCUGGCUCCUCUCCUGGUACAGCUUGUAAUAUUUUAGGGCAGAAAGGACUGCUUCUCUCUUUCACCCAUGGAUAUCAUUUUGAUGAACCAGAGCCAGAAGCUUUAAAACACCAGGCACAGGCUCGCUGAAAACCCACAGCUUUAAUUAGGUUACUCUAGAAAGGGUUUUGUCUCUGGCAGAUAGGAAGGUCUGGCCCAUCAAUGCCUUUGUCACUCUCACACGCAGGGACCAGAUCUGGAUCUGGAGAGCUAGACUCUGCCUGGAUAGUGCCUCCUCUUGAUCCCACCUUCUCAGGCCCUCAAGCCAUCCAUCUAUCCAUCUCUCUGUCACCAUGCCGUCCUGGCUCCAGGCUGGGGGAGGGAGAGCCAAAAAUGGGUCCAGUCUGAAGUCUUGCCCUCUCUCAACUGCCUGGGUAGAAGGUAGCACCUUUCAGGGAAAGGGUUAAGGAAUGAAAGACUGGACCAUACAUGAUUUCGGUGUAAUGGAAGUAGGGGAGCGAUUAACAGUAAAGGAAUUUACAACAUUUU